CACGCUAACUCAGAGUCCGCGUUUUCAAUUGGCUGAUACGCAGUUUUGUGGUCACGUGACAGGAACUCGCUCCCUUGCUUUCUGGAGAACAAACAGCUGAUUUCCACAGAGGGUGUGUUCGUUGAAAGGGAUUGUAAAUAAGCAGCCAGAGGCCUGUUCCACGUUACCUGUGUUCCAGUUUGGAGCACUGAAAACGUGGUGGAACACAUCUUUUUAAAGUUAUAUAGCCACAAGCUUCCUAAAGGAACGCUUUCUUGAUUGAAUUGAUCCUAAGGAGUGUUUUCUGGAGUCCCUAAUGUUGCUGUAGCACAUGUGAUGUGGAAUGGGCCCAAACUAGAAAGGAAAGACAGACAGGUGCCUUUAUGCUUUGGCAAAGGCUAUUGAAGACAGAGACAUGGAAGGCCGUUGUCAGAUAUACGAUGCUCCCUCAUUGCAUUGUAAGACCUGUAUUCUGCAGAACCGAAAAACUUGUUACAGCUCUGCAAUGGAGAUCCCAGUGGAAAUUCUUGCCCAGGUCUUCUCCUACCUACCUCUCUGUGACAGGUACUCUGCAUCCUCAGUGUGCAAGGCAUGGGCUGAAGCCAUCUCAUUCCCAACUAUCUGGUAUUACACGGAGGUCAGUUGUGAGUCUGGAACUGAAGAACAUGCUUUACAGACAUUCUGCCAGUUCCUGACUAAAGUCAAGCACCUGAAGAUAGUUCUGAACCAGUCAGAGGCGAUCAAUCGCAGCAUUGCGAUUAAGGUUAUAAAACAUGCAACCGAUGCAAACAGCAGGCUGAGAAACCUCUGUGUCAGUUGCACAGGAGAUAAUCCUUUGUUCUACUCCGGACAAGAUAUCCUGCAGACCUUUAGAAACAUCUGCCAGAACGAAUCGAGUGGCCUGUCUUUAAGGGAGGUUGACUUCCGCCACAUGCCUUUCACUCUAGAUGAUUCUCUUAUUAUGCUGAUCGCCACCAGAAGCCCACAUUUACAGAAACUGUAUAUCAAUAACCAGACCCUGGUGUGCAACGUAACUGCAGAAACGGUUAAGCACGUAUUGACAGUAUGCCCAGAGUUAUCUACUCUCGGAGUGUUCUAUGCAAGUUUGUCGGAAAACGUGCUCAGCGAACUGCUGAAGCCAGAGAGACCCCCUUUCCAAUUGCUGGAGCUGUUCUGCGAGCGGCUGGAUAAGUACAUCCCUGCUAUUUCCAGACAGUUUUGGGUGACUCUGUGCAAAAGGCACCCAUCGCUAUCUGUUAACAUGAUACUAGAUCACACUUUGCCUGCUAAGAAGAUCACAUGGAUUUUACAGCCCGGAAUCCCCAUGAAGAGCUUGGACCUAAUCACAUACACGUACCUGGUGAAAGAAGUUAAUUUUGUAGCAAAAAACUACCAUGCUUCGUUGGACAGGCUGGUUCUGCAGACCACGUCCUCCGAGAAGCUGAACUCGGCGCUGAUUGAGCUAGCCAGCUGCUGCGUCUCCCUGAAGGAGAUCCACUGUUACUGCGUGGUUUCGCAGGAGGUGGUGCAAGCCUUCAUAUCCUGCUGUCCAGGACUGCGGAGGUACACGCUAAAGACUGUCAAAGAACUGCACCCAUGGAGGUGCACUGUGAUAAAGUGAAGCCAGCUGGAGGUGAAUGAUUUAGGGACAGCCUAAUUGUGCUUCAUCGCAUAUGCUGUAGGACAAGUCCUUUACUUUAUAAUGAUGCAAACAGGAGCACAAGUUCAUAAUUGGGUGUACUCUGUUUUCUGUUAAUUUGCAGUUAUUCCUUUGGUUCCAAGCACAUGUGCCUGUGUACGUUAGUCUCCAUGUAUAGGAACACCUCCUAAGAGAACGCUUUGCCUAAGGGAACACCGUUUUGGUGAAACUGUUUUUUCCCAUUGUAAAUGCUCCGUCUAAAGGAACAGGAACUUUGCUUAAAAGAACACCUUCUUGGCACUGAUAGCGAUACCUUCACAACAGAUACAGCACUGUUUUGUAACCUGAUAACUAACUCAUCAUCAUCAUCAAGCUUAAAUUGAAAUGGUUUAUUCAAUCUUUUCAAAAGCGACUUGUCAUCGUGAGCGUGUCUUGAGGCACACUGAUUUAUGAAAUCUUUCCAGAGCCGCCAUCAUAUCAUUGACUCAUCGAUGAGUGCACCUCAUCGCUACAAAAUGGCAUGUAAACAAAUGGCAAAAUGCACAGUGGUUUCUCUUGCUACAAAAAAUUGGAAAUUGUGCGAGCUUUUGAAAAACCUGAAUCAGACACAAGUUGCCAAGCAAUUUGGUGUUUCCCUUUCUGAUGAGUUGCUUCGCCGUUCUGUUAAAUAAUGUGAAUGUCUUGUAUACUGCUGCUGCAUUUUGUAACGUGUGUAGGGGUGCUGUUAGUUUAUCUAUUACUUUAUUAUUAUAGUUUAUUAACAUACACUUCCCUAUUGCUUUUCUUUUACUUACUCAGUUCAUUUCAUAUGUUGAUGCACAUGCGUCAUGACAAGUCAUACAUAUGCAUGCAUUUAUUUAUUUGUUGAUUGAUUUGAUUCAUAUUGUGUCUGGUGGCUAAAUCCAUCUUAGAGAACACUUCGGCCUUAAGAACACCUCGCUUGCUUCCUGAGGGGUGUUCUUUUAGUAGGAGAUGACUGUAUAAGCACCCCCCUCCCCCCCUCCCCCAGGCUAAAGAUCAUUAUAAAUUGACAUGAGUGGAUAACAUAGCAUGGUAGAUUGAAGUCUUGCAUGUGCAUUUCUAAUAUAAAAUAAUGUCUAUUUUUACUUUCAUGUAUAUCUGUUUUUAUUAAUUUUUACAUGCAAAGUGUGUGCAUUGGAGGUCUUGCCAGUUUUACUCCAGUGGCGGUGGUCCCAUCUUCACAAGUGUAUGUUCUGUGUGCACACAGCUAGCUAAUAUCAACGCAGUGUCAGGCAGUAGCAUAAGACAUGUAGAACUGUGUGGAUAACUGAAUUGAUGAAGCCUAGGCCUUCUCUUGGUAUAUAAGAGUUUUAUGACAAACUGUUAUUUUUGCUGCAAUCCCUGCUGUAAAAUGCUCUUAAAAACAAAAAAAAAGUCCUGCUUAUAAAAUCAUCCUGUAGAAUUCACAAAGCUCUGCUGCAUUGUGGUCUAAAAUCAGGCAUCGGCCAGUAAAACCAAUUCAUUCAGGUUUACACAACCAAUUUUGCACAAGCUGUGUAUCGCUGAAAAACAAUAAAAGGGUGUGACUAAAAUGUAUUUUAUGUUUAUAUUUUUAUAGAUUAAAAUGUAUUUAUUUUCACAAACAACAUGCCACAUAAUUGAGAUAUUUAUUUGUGGUGCUGUGUAUGUUAAUCAAGACUUUUAAUAAAAAUGAAAACGCUUUUA